AUGAAUGUACUAACUCUCCCCGGUCCGAUAGCUCUUUCACAAUUCAGAACUGAUAAUCUAAUCAAUAAUCUAAAUCUAACCGCUAAUAGCGUAAACAUCAUCAAAGAUAUAAAAUCAUGUUAUAUUCAUUAUAUUGAUUUGAAAGAAAACGUCACAUUAACUUCUGAUGAAAAACAAAUCCUAACAAAUCUAUUAGAUUAUGAUCAAACUUUUUCCAAACAAAAUAUCUCAUCGGAUGAUUCAUUAUCCAUUCAAUUGUAUGAUUCAGUUAUAAAUGAUUGGAUUUCUAAAGAUCUAAAUGAUAAUGAUACUUAUUUAAUUCGUAUCUUGCCAAGAAUCGGUACAAUCUCUCCUUGGUCUUCUAAAGCUACAAACAUUUUAAACGUUUGUAAUUUUAACGAUAAGAUUAAUAGAGUAGAAAGAGGUAUGGCAAUCUUGAUCAAAACCAUCCCUAAUUUCCCCAUCAAUACAAUUUUGAAUGAAAAUUCAUUAUCUUCUAUUUUUGAUAAAAUGACUCAAACUUUAUUUAUUAAUCAAUUACCAUUAGCUAAUGAUUUAUUUUCUCAUGAAUCACCAAAACCUUUAUUACAUGUCCCCUUAACAAAAGAUAAUGAAAAUCCUACUGAUAUUUUGAAAAAGGCAAAUAAUGAAUUUGGUUUAGCUCUUGAUGAUGGUGAAAUUGAUUAUUUAAUUAAUGUAUUUACCAAAAUUAUGAAUCGUGAUCCAACAGAUGUAGAAUUAUUUAUGUUUGCUCAAGUUAAUUCAGAACAUUGUCGUCAUAAAAUCUUUAAUGCUAAUUGGACUAUUGAUAAUAAACUUUUAAAAGAUUCUCUUUUCAAAAUGAUUCAAAAUACUCAUAAUCAUUCUCCAAAUUUUACUAUAAGUGCUUAUUCUGAUAAUUCUGCAGUUAUUGAUACAAAUAAUUCAGGGUUUUUCUUUGCUCCAAAUUCUUCUACAAAGGAAUGGUCAUUUAAAAAAGAAAAAAUCCCCAUGUUAAUUAAAGUAGAAACUCAUAAUCAUCCAACCGCUGUAUCACCAUUUCCAGGAGCUGCUACUGGUUCAGGUGGUGAAAUUAGAGAUGAAGGUGCUACUGGUAGAGGUUCUAAAUCAAAAUGUGGCUUAAGUGGGUUUUCUGUAAGUGAUUUAUUAAUUCCAAAUUUUAAACAACCUUGGGAAUUAGAUGUAGGUAAACCAGAUCAUAUUGCUUCAGCAUUAGAUAUAAUGAUUGAAGCUCCCUUAGGUUCUGCAGCUUUUAAUAAUGAAUUCGGUAGACCUUGUAUUAAUGGGUAUUUUAGAACUUUAACUACAAAAGUUAUUAAUGCUAAUAAUCAAGAAGAAAUUAGAGGUUAUCAUAAACCAAUCAUGUUAGCUGGUGGAUUUGGUACAGUUAGACCACAAUUUGCUUUGAAAAAUACAAAAGUAACACCUGGAGCUUGUUUAAUUGUUUUAGGUGGUGAAUCCAUGUUAAUUGGGUUAGGUGGUGGUGCAGCCUCUUCAAAUUCUACUGGUGAAGGUUCUGCCAAUUUAGAUUUUGCUUCAGUACAAAGAGGUAACCCAGAAAUGGAACGUCGUUGUCAACAAGUCAUUGAUUCAUGUAUUGCUUUAGAUAUUGAUAAUCCAAUUCAAUCCAUUCAUGAUGUAGGUGCCGGUGGUUUAUCAAAUGCUUUACCUGAAUUAGUUCAUGAUAAUAAUUUAGGUGGGAAAUUUAAUAUUAGAAAAGUCCUAUCUUUAGAACCUGGUAUGUCUCCUAUGGAAAUAUGGUGUAAUGAAUCACAAGAACGUUAUGUCUUAGCUAUUGCUCCAGAUAAUUUGAAAAUUUUUACAGAUAUUUGUGAAAGAGAGCGUGCUCCUUAUGCAGUAGUUGGUCAUGCUACAGCUGAAGAAAGAUUAAUUGUAGAGGAUCCAUUAUUAGGCUCAACUCCGAUCGAUUUAGAUAUGUCUGUCUUAUUUGGUAAACCACCAAAGAUCUCAAGAAAUACAAUUACUCAACCAUUAAAAUUACCAAAACCUGAUUUAUCAAAAGUUGGUUCUUUAGAUGAAGCUGUUAAAAGAAUUUUAUUAUUACCAACCGUUGGCUCGAAAUCUUUCUUAAUUACUAUCGGUGAUAGAACUGUUACAGGUUUAAUCGAUAGAGAUCAAUUUGUUGGUCCUUGGCAAAUUCCAGUAGCAGAUGUUGGUGUCACUGCUACUUCCUUAGGUCCAUCAUUAAUAACUACUGGUGAAGCUUUAUCAAUGGGUGAAAAACCUAUCAAUGCCUUAAUUUCUGCUUCUGCUAGUGCUAAAUUAUCUGUAGCAGAAUCUUUAUUGAAUUUGUUUGCUGCUGAUGUAAAAUCCUUAUCUCAUGUUAAAUUAUCUGCAAAUUGGAUGUCUGCUGCUUCUCAUUUAGGUGAAGGUUCAAAACUUUAUGAAGCUGUCCAAGCUAUUGGUCUUGAUUUAUGUCCAGAUUUGGACAUUGCUAUCCCUGUUGGUAAGGAUUCCAUGUCUAUGAAGAGAAAAUGGGGCGAUAAUGAAGUUACAUCUCCAUUAUCUUUGAACAUUACUGCUUUUGCUCCUGUUUAUAAUACAUCUAACACAUGGACUCCAUUAUUGACAAAGACAUCUACUCCAUCUAUUUUGGUACAUGUUGAUAUGUCAGCAUUACAAAGUGAAAAAUCUCUUGGUGGUUCUGCUUUACUGCAAGUUUAUAAUCAAGUCGGUAAUACUAGUCCUGAUGUUUAUGAUAAUCAAAUCUUAAAAGGCUUCUUAAUCACUUUAAUUGAUUUACACAAGACAGAUUUGGUUCAAUCUUAUCAUGAUAUUUCUGAUGGUGGGUUAUUUGUAACUCUAGUAGAAAUGGCAUUUGCGUCUCAUUGUGGGUUGAAGAUUAAAGGUACUUUCAAUAAUGAAGCUUCUGUUUUCACCAACUUGUUUAAUGAGGAAUUAGGUGCCGUUUUCCAAAUUAAAGAAUCCAAAUAUGAAGAAUUCAAGAAAUAUUUCCUCAAGAAUGGUAUCUCUAAUGAAUACAUUUCAAUUGUUGGUAAGCCUGACUUCCAAUCUCAAAUUAUUUCUAUUUCAGAUAAUAAUGGUAGUAAAAUAUUUGAAGAUACAAGAGCUAAUUUACAAAAAAUUUGGUCUUCCACUAGUUAUCAAAUUCAAAAAUUAAGAGAUAAUCCGAGAACUGCAGAAGAAGAAUUCUUAACAAUUAAUGAUGAUAAUGAUCCAGGUCUUUCUUACUCUGUUACUUAUAACCCUCAAGAUCAUUUCAGAAUAAUUAAAGAACUAUUUGUAUCCAAACCAAAAAUUGCUAUUUUAAGAGAACAAGGUGUCAAUGGUCAAAUGGAAAUGGCUUGGUGUUUCCAAACUGCAGGGUUUAAUGCUAUUGAUGUUACUAUGACUGAUUUAAUUGAAAACAGAUUUAACUUGGAUGAAUUUGUUGGUUUAGCUGCCUGUGGUGGUUUCUCAUAUGGUGAUGUCCUUGGUGCUGGUGCUGGUUGGGCUAAAUCUGUCCUUUACCAUGAAGGUGUCCGUAAACAAUUUGUUAAAUUUUUCCAAGAAAGACAAGAUACAUUUGCAUUUGGUGCUUGUAACGGUUGUCAGUUUUUAAGUAGAUUAAAGAGUAUUUUACCAGGAUGUGAAAAUUGGCCAUCAUUUGAAAGAAAUUAUAGUGAACAAUAUGAAGCACGUGUAUGUAUGGUUGAAAUUGUUCAAAAUGAAACUGCAAAGAGCAGUAAUGUUUUCUUUAACGGUAUGUUGGGAUCCAAACUUCCAAUUGCUGUUGCACAUGGUGAAGGUAGAGCUACUUUUACUUCAAAGUCUCAAUUGCAAGAUUUUGAAUCAGAAGAGUUAUGUAGUGUAAGAUACAUUGAUAACUAUGGAAAUACUACUGAGAAGUUCCCUGCUAAUCCAAAUGGUUCAGUUCAUGGUAUUGCUGGUGUAAAAUCACCAAAUGGGCGUAUUUUGGCCAUGAUGCCACAUCCAGAAAGAGUAUCAAGACUAGAAGCAAAUUCUUGGUAUCCAGAAGAAAAAUACAAGGAAUGGGGUGGUUAUGGUCCUUGGAUAUCUUUGUUUUUAUCCGCUAGAAAAUGGGUUGGUUAA